CCACCAACCAUUUGAAAGACAUGUAAAGGAAACCUGCACAGAAGAGAAGGGAAAAUAUGGAAACCUGCUCAUUUUCAAGAGCACGACCACCUUUACUAUCAUCGCCAACCAAACAGCUCUCUCAAUUCCCCAUCUCCACACUGAAACUACCCCAAAACCAAUCUCACUUGUCCCACUCCACAACACUCUGGGCAACACUGAAAAGCCCAAAAGGCUUCGGACCCUCCAGAAAGAAAACCAACAAGACUACUAAGAAGCCGAAGAAAGGUUUCGAAGACGACGAUGAAGAGGAAGAAGAGGAGGAGGUAGAAUUAGAGGCGGAUGAAGGCGUGAUUCCAGAGAUAGUGACCAACAGGAUGAUGAGCAGGAUGGGUUUCUCAGUGGGUAUCCCUCUGUUCAUAGGGCUACUGUUCUUCCCUUUCUUUUACUAUCUCAAGGUUGGGUUGAAGAUAGAUGUGCCCACUUGGGUGCCCUUCAUCGUGUCAUUCUUCUUCUUCGGGUCCGCACUUUUGGGGGUCAGUUAUGGGAUUGUGUCCGCCAGUUGGGACCCAAUGAGGGAAGGCUCACGCUUGGGCUGGAAUGAGGCAAAGAAGAACUGGCCUGUUUUUUGGCAGUCACUUUGGGGUAGAUCUGGAAGGGACUAGUUUUCUGGCCCUUCAUUAUCUCUGUAUUUGGACUCCAAUACUGUUUUCUAUUUGGUUUUGCCAAUUUGAGUAUUUUUAUUUUACUUUAAAAAUCAUUACUCAA